GGGUGGGGUGGAGAUAUUGACGGAUGUCCUCAGGUGGGGAUGUGGGAGACGAGAGCUGAUCGCUUCAAGACGUCCCUUCAAUUCCUUCUCCUUCCCUAUCGGCGACUAUACACAGCACUCGACGCGUGCCGCGUGGCUGACUAUGUUAUAUUUGCAUUGUCAGCACAAACAGAGGUAGAUUCCUGGGGUGAACUCUGCCUCAGAUGUCUGCAGGCCCAGGCUUUGCCCGAUAUUGUGACCGUCGUGCCUGAUCUCGACGAGGUACCGUCGAAGCAGCGUCAGGAUACACUGAAAUCUCUGCUCUCCUUCAUCCAAUACUUCGUCCCUUCCCAGACUCGUGUCUUCUUCCUUUCCCCUUCUCAGCCAUCUGAAGCCACAAGCACGGCCCGAGCACUUUGUGAAGGCAAGCCGAAGGACGUGGCCUGGAGGAAGGAUAGGACGUGGUUGGUAGCGGAGGAUGCCGGAUGGGUGGCGAGGGAGGAGAUGAAGGAAGCCGAAGAGGACGGUACGGGGACGCUGCAGGUCACCGGUGUUAUUAGAGGCGGGAGGUUGAGCGUCGACCGUCUGAUACACAUCCCCAAUUUUGGGGACUAUCAGAUAGAGAAGAUCACUGCGGCCCCUCACCGCACCGCCAAUGUCCAGGACAUGGACCAAACAGACGAAGUCCUGGCAGAGCCUAGUUCUGAUGCGGACUCCCUCAUUUCGCGAAAUGAACCGGAUGACCUUAUGAACGAGCAGACCUGGCCGACCGAAGAGGAAAUGCGCGCGGGGGAUGAGAUGCAGGCAGAUGCAGAUGCAGCUGAGAACACGGCGAGGAAGCUAAAAAAACUGCCAAAGGGGACAAGCAGUUAUCAGGCAGCGUGGAUUAUGGAUGAAGAAGAUGAGGACAAUGCGGAUGAGGGCGAUGAAGAGGAUGAAGGUGACGACACUGAGGAGGAAGAGCUGGAUGAAGAAGAUAUGGGAGUCGAUGGCCCCAUGGCGGACAUUUCUGAGAAGGGGCUAAAUGGAUGCGAGGUUCCAGAAGUUGAGCCGAGCAUCAGUGCAAUGGAGAGCAGCCGGAAGACCGAAGUGCAUUUCGACCUACCCGUGGAGGAGGAAGAGACACAGCUGAAGACCUACCUCGGGUCUCGCAACCGCCAAAACAAAGAUGACCUUGAGUUUCCUGACGAAGUCGAUACCCCUCGCGAUAUUCCAGCACAUGCCCGCUUCCAAAGGUACAGAGGGCUCAGAUCAUUCCGCACCAGCCCAUGGGAUCCAUUCGAGAACCUGCCGGUGGACUACGCAAAGAUAUUCCAGUUCGAGGAUUAUCAGAGGACAAGGAGGAGGGUUUUAAGGGAGGAUGAACAUAGUAUUCCUGAAGGCAAACGCGUUACCCUGCAUUUGAGGGAUGUCCCACAUACGGCCUUCAAAGCUUCCAAAUCGACAUUCCCGUUCACCCUGUUUGCUCUAUUGAAGCAUGAGCACAAGUAUUCGGUGCUAAACUUUGUCGUUCAGCGAAACACAGAAUACGACGGAAUUGUGAAGUCGAAGGACGAACUUCUUGUAUGUGCUGGUCCAAGGCGAUAUACUGCAAAACCGAUCUACAGUCAGUAUGUAAGGGGAGGCGGCAAAGGUUCCAACAACGUGCACAAGUUCGAGCGUUUUCUCCGUCAUGGCUUGGCCACUGCUGUUUCUCUUUACGCCCCGAUCAUGUUUGGGAAACAGCCGUGCUUGUUGUUGCGAGAGAGCGAAGAUCCACAAGAACCACACUUGGUUGCAACGGGCACGUUCAUGAACCCGGACACAAAGCGUGUCAUCGCAAAGAAGAUCAUCCUCACCGGCGUACCUUACAAGGUACACAAACGAACUGCUACAAUUCGGUAUAUGUUCUUCAAUCCCGAAGAUGUUCGGUACUUCGCGCCGAUUCAGCUUCAUACCAAGCAUGGUCGUGUGGGACACAUCAGCGAGUCACUAGGUACCCAUGGCUAUUACAAGGCGCACUUUGAUGGGCCAAUCACUCAGAUGGAUACCAUUUGCAUGUCUCUCUACAAGAGGGUCUUUCCAAGAUGGUGUCAGCUCUGGAAGGAGCCCUCUCGGCCAGUAAAUGCCCUCCAAGACAGCAUGGAAACCGAGGAUUAGAUAUCACGCCUUUGUUCUGUAUGGUACUACAUGAUUAGAAUGGCAUUAAUGCAUGUCUCCUGCUGCUUGACCCAGGCUCACACCGCUGGGACGAGUCCAGCAGCAACAGCAGCCCGAGUCCUACGCGUGGGAGGAGGCGCUUGGACCGCAUCCGCAUCUACUUCAUCCUGCACACGCCGUACCGCUGCCGCCCUUGUCCUUGGUGCGGGCCGAUAAUCGCUACUUUGAGUGUCAGUCCUACUCAGAGGACCGCGAGAUCGUGCCUCGUCUGCUGUGCGACGCAUUUCCUUCAACACAUCAUUUGCCUGAUCGUAAUUGUCGCCCUGAUCCCGCAGAACCUCCGUAACAACAGUGACGUCGAAGUAAUAGCCAUGCUCUGUUCGGAGCUCUUCCGCCAUCUCGUUUCGUUCCUGGACCGCACGCUGCAUGACAUCAUUGAUGGAAACACGGCCGUUUGAACCCCGAGGACGCCGUGGGUCACCAGAAGAAGCCCGUCGUGCGUCUCCGGCCGGAAAACGAGUUUGAUCAGGAGGAAGUUCAUUGAAAUCCAGCUGCCGAAUUCGAGCUAAGGGCUCGCUGGCGCGGGAAACUCCAGUCGGGGCACGUUCGGUAGGAUCGAUCUGCAGUGCCUGUGCCUGUUCCAGCAGCUCCUGCACACCUGGCUCGGGCUCUGGUGUAAGCUGCUCAACAGUGUCCUGGCUGCUCUGAGACAUGCUCGGGGGUCUGGCCUCGCCGUCGCGCCGGGAAGCCAUUCGUGGGGUUCCAUUGUCUAUUCCUGAGCCAUUAUCGAGUUCGGCUUCGACUUCUAGCAAUUCCGAGUCACCUUCGUUGUUCUGGUAGGUCGAAUUUUGCAAUCGAGCUGGGGACCUUAAGCUUACGUCUCGCAAAGGAGACCAAGCUGCUGGCGGUGAAUGUGGCGUUGGAGGUUCCGGCGCUUGGGAGCGACGUUGGCCUGGAGUUGAAGGCGAACGCGGUGUUUGGAUAUUCACGGUUCGCCUGCCAUUCCGGGAAGGAGGCCAUCUAUCACCCGAGCGGUCGGUCGUUUGGUCAUAGUUGGGGACGCCCAUGCCUCGCCGCCGCAGAAUGGGCAACUGGGUGUUUCCAGGUGCGGUGGUUCUAUACGUGGGUGGUGGCUGGGAUUCGCCAGGGGGAACUUGAGGGGGCGAAUCGGGGGCAUUUAGAUUCUCAUCUUCGUUUCCAGCUGGUUCUUCCAUAUUACCAUCUUCAUCGUCGUUUCCAGCUGGUUCUUCCAUAUUACCAUC